CUGGGUCCCAAAGUCUCCCUCCCUCCCUCGGCGCCCCACUCCGCAGCAGAGCCCAGAACAGGAUGACGGCGACGGGGGCGCUCCCCUGGCUCUUCUUCCUCCACCUGCUCCUCCUGGGCAGGGCGGCCGCCGGCGUGGAAACGGAGGCGGACUACGUGAACCUGGACUUCUUCCAGGAGACCUUCCCGGCGGGGGCCAAGGCGGAGGUGGACGCGGGCGAGUACCUGGACGAGUUCGAGGGCGAGGCCAUCUUCCAGGUGGACUGGGCCCGGAAGACCGUCUCCUGGCGCCUCCCCGACUUCCCCCGCUUCGCCGGUUUCGAGGCCGCGGGGGCCCUGGGCUCUCUCUCCGUGGUCAAGAACAACCUGGAGGUCUUAAUGAAGCUCAGCAACCGGACGCGCGCUCAGAACGCUGCUCCUUCGGUCAAGGUGUACCCCAAAUACCCCGUGGAGACAGGGGACCCCAACGCCCUCAUCUGCUUCGUGGACCACUUCUCCCCUCCUGUGCUGAACGUCACGUGGCUGAAGAAUGGGCAGAUGGUCUCUAAGGGGGUGGAAGAGACAGCCAUCCUUCCCAGAGCUGACCACGCCUUCCGCAAGUUCUCCUACCUGCCCUUCGUCCCAGAGGAGGGAGACUUCUACACCUGCCGUGUGGAGCACCGGGGGCUCCCUGAACCCCUGACAGUGAUCUGGUCACCAGAGGAGUCCACCCCUGACCCGGACACAGCUGAGAACGUGCUCUGUGGCCUGGGCCUGGCCUUUGGCAUCCUGGGCAUCAUUGUGGGCACCAUCCUCUUUUUAAAGGCCACGAGAAUGACCGACCACAACAGUCGCAAUGGACGGAGCGGUGGCCUGUAAUAUGUAGAGAGGGAGAGAUGCUCCUUUCCCAGCAAGUGCCUCAGCCAAGACAUCCUUGCCACUCUCACCAUCACACGCGGGCCAACCUCCCUACAUCGAUCUGCUGAAAGAGCCCCAUUUGCCUUGUUCUGACUCUUCCACUGCACCCCACUGGUGGCCCAAACCAAGGAGACCACCUUAUGCUCCACCAACAUCCAUCCACCUGGCAUCCAGUAACUGGACACAAAGCUCAAUAGAUCUGACGGACAAGAUUUGCUGUUGUAUGCCUUCAAGUUCUUUCUGGGUGAGGUUCACAUUUUUGGCCAGGUUUGGCCCAAAGAGGUUUGCCAUUGCCCUCCUCUGAGUCUGAGAGACUGUGGCUUAUCCAGGGUCACCAAGUAGGUUUCCACGGCCGAGUGGGAUUCGAACCCUGGUCUUUAGUCCAGCACUCAAAUGGCCAUUAUUUCCCUCUAGAAAUAAAGAAAUGUUUUCAGUUCUGCACAUCGCUUGAAUAACUCUCUCUUCUAAUUCAUGCUUAACAAGUAGGAUUCACCCAUCUCAUUGCAGAGAGGCCCAAAAAUCUCUCUGUUUGGGGGAAAAAGCUGCUGCCUUUCAUUAUUCUUCAGGAUUGAUUUUGCAAAAUCUUAACUGCAUUUCAAAUAAAACUUAAAUACUGGAGCUGCAUUUUAAAGCUUUAAUAGCAUGCUUAUCAUUUACACUGUCUUAAAUUUGUUAGACUGCUUUUAUUGUGUACCACCCUGAGACAUUUGGGUGAAAGGGUGGCAAAUAAAUAAAGACGGUUGGAUUUGGA